AGUAAGCAUCGAACUCGUUCGACGGUACAGAAUGGAGCACACCUUUCGGAACAACUACCGUACGGUACUGUACACAAAGCUUCUCCGGCAUUCCUACUCGCCCACCACUGCCCAACGCCUCCCGUAGCAAGCGGGCCGCACAGCAGGAAGGAACCCAGAGCAGGACACAAAACAACGCUCCGAAUCGAAAGAGGACAAAACAAACACAAAAAGGAAGCAGAAACAGAAAUCCAAACAGAAACUCGUUCGGCGGACAGAGACAGAGACAGAAACAGAAACUCCCGCGGCGACAAACCAUAGAUUGACGGAGCAGUACGAUCGGCAGAAUCCUUGGCAUUUUCAAUCCAAUCCAAUCCAAUCCCGACAUUCCAAUGAACCGACACUUUUCGGCCCCGCGGCCGAUGCGUCGGGGGUUCGGCACCCCCUGGAUCCUCGCCGCUGCCGUUCUGGCGGCGAUCGCCCUUGCGCAAGGGUGGCCGGUGGCGGCGGCCUUUUCCGCACCCCUCGGAGGCAGGCCUUUUCCCCUUGGCCUCCCCCCCGGUUCCCUGCGUUUGCAAGCCAAACGCGGGGGAAGCGCAGGGGACCGUCCCAAGCGGUACGGGGCCGACCUGCGGAGGGAGGCCCGGGAAGAGGGCCGCCGGCUGCGGAGGGAGCGGGCGGAGCGGUGGGAACAAACCGGAGGCCCGGGGAGCGAAACCGAAAUGGACACGGAAGGGUCCCUGCGGGGGCGGUUCUUUGCAACGCCCCUGGGGAGGUCCCUCCGGAGGAUCUGGACCAAGGGGUUUAGCGUCUGGAUCGCCUUUCGCUACUGGCUGAUGCGGUCGUCCCCGCCGACUCCCCCGCCGUGACACGUCGGAACGAGCGGUCGGAACGGGCAAGCACCACGGGCCGAACGGCGCUCGCCGCCUCGCGGUUUCCCCCGGGAGCGGCUUCCGAAACGAAACGAAACGAAACGAAACGAAACGGCUAUAGAGCGCGUUCCCAGAGACACCCAGAACCCGAACGGAAUGGCAGAAUGCGGAAAGCCCUGGUACUGCCGCAGAAAAGUGCCGAGGAAGGCAAGACAACACAGCACCGCACCGCACCGCACCACACCAACGCAACAGGGACGAUCCUUUUGGGAUGCAUUUCCUCACAAACAUUGGCAACGAACUCGACCAAAGAAAAUAGUGAGUAAAAUAAAUAUUUAAAGCAAUG